UGCACAGUGCACAGUGCACACCCGCCUAGACACCGGUCCCGCCCAGACGCCAGAUUACGCUGCAAAGUCCUCACACUCGGUAGUCGGUAAACAGUUGUCCUCUCGCCGUCCAAGAAGACACACCUCCAACGUCAGUUUUUCGCCGCCGUCUUUGGAAUUACUAAACAGUAGAAAUUAUGAGUUCUCCGUCAUUAAAAGAUCUGCCUAAGGUUGCAUUCGACCUUAAAAAUCAACUUGAAGGGUUCAAUCCUGACAAUAUGAAAAAGGCAGAUACUAAUGAAAAAAUUAUUCUUCCUACUGCUGAAGACGUGAAACGUGAACGCCAACACAAUGAUCUCAUCCAUGGCGUCAAUAACUUUAGCGCAGACAAGCUAAAAAGAACAGAUACUCUGGAAAAAGUAAUUUUGCCAAACGCUCAAGACGUAGCUGCAGAAAAAAGCCAAAAAGCUUUUACCGAAGCACUUAUUGAAGGAGUUGGCGGGUUUGAUACUAACAAAUUGAAACACACCGAGACACAAGAAAAAAAUCCACUCCCCGAUAAGGCUGUGAUUGAAGCCGAAAAAGGACAACAACAAUUAAUUGCUGGUAUUGAAAACUUUGACCCAGCAAAGUUGAAACCCACAGUAACUGAAGAAAAAAACCCACUGCCCACUAAAGAAGUUAUCGCUGAAGAGAAAAAAGCCUAAGCAUAUCAUUCUUAAUGGUUCCUCAAUGGAAUGGAUAAACUAUUAUAUUAAUUAUACUCUUAUAUUUGUAUCGCCUUUUGAGUUGGAAAAAAUUGUAUGGAAAUGUAAACAUUUUAAAUAUUAUGCAUAUGCUAUAGAUGGUUAUUUAUAAUUAAGAAUCUCUAAACCAAUUCUGUCUUGAUAUAUUAACUUAUAAGUUAAAUAUAUAAUAUAUGUAUUUAUUUUGCAUUUUUUAACAUUCAA